AUGAGUUAUAUAAAAGCUGUGAUCAGCAAAGAGUACAUUCCUGAAGGUACACACUUUGGUCCACUGACUGGGAAGAUAUACACCAGUGAAAAUAUUCCUAAUCAUGUGGACCGGAAACACUUUUGGAGGGUUUUUUCUGCAGAAGGAAAAUUUCACCACUUUGUUGAUGUGAAUGACCCUUUUUUCAGUAACUGGAUGUGCUAUGUGAAUCCAGCUCCCACCUAUCAUACUCAGAACCUGAUGGCCUGCCAGCACAACCUGGAGAUCUUUUUCUAUACUAUAGCUCCCAUCUUAGCAGGCAUGGAACUUUUGGUUUGUCCUACCCACAGCGAAUCCAGGUACUUACAGUACUUGCAUCCAAGGGAACUUACACCUGAGCCAGAAUGUCUAAGCUUGAAAAAUCUUCCAACAGAACCUUCAUUUGAGGUAGCCUCCCAUUCACCGCAGAUUACCUCCAAAGAUAACAAAAAAUGCACAGUUAUCACAACGAAAGACAAAAGGGAAGAUGAAGAAGAAAAUGUUGAACAGGAUGUGGCAUCAAGGAACAUAACAGGCCACAAAAACAUAAAACCUGCGACAGAUGUCUUUCACAGAGUUGAAAAACAGCCUAUGGAGCUUAAAAGUUGCUGCACAGAAUCCACGUUUGAGUUUGCAGAAGAGAUGCUUGGUCUGCCAGGAGAGAGAAAUAUGGCAAGAGAAAAUCAGUGUCACCGUGGAUUUAGUCCAUGCAACUCAGUGACUUCACCACAGAUGGAAUAUAAUAUUUGCAACAAGUAUUCAUCCUACUCAGAAUGUCAUUACAUGGGCAAAAUGCCCAAUGCCUCUUGUCAUAUCUGCAGCACCACUACUGCCCAUUACCCCAAAUCUAUGAUGGUUUCUCAGGAUCUCAGCUUUCCAUCAGGUCUAUCAGUAACCAAUUCGAGGAAAGUUAAACUUCAAAGUUUGCCUUCCCAGGAUAUCUUGGAGAAACAACCUCCAUAUCCCAGGAUAUAUCAUAAUGUCUAUCUUCCCAUCUUGACUCAAGUAAAAUACAAUGCUAAGAAAUCUCCAAAUCUGUUCUCUUUCUAUGCUGGGACAUUUUCACUUCUCGGCUGUAAUUAUGAGAAUCCAACCCUUCUUCAUGACUUCAGAAGUCAACAGUUGAAAGCUGCUUCUCCAACUAUGUAUCAGCAUGAGCCUGUGAACCUCAGUACUCCAAAAAACUGUUCCUCAAUGUCAAAGGAAGGCAACAAAUCCAAGUCAUAUCCCUUGAACAGGAAGAAUGGCAAAAUUAGAUAUGAGUGCAAUGUCUGUGCUAAAAGCUUUGGGCAGCUUUCCAAUCUGAAGACUCUUUUCUUCACAAUGGAAAUGGGUCAAGCAGAAAAUAUGGAUCUGCCCUAUGACACACACAAAAUUAUAGAUAAGAAGGUGUUGUUUGCACCAUGGAGAUUAUUACAAACAGACCUCAUAUACUGCCACCAUUGUGUAGGUUAUGCAAGAGGCCUUGUUCUGCCCAUCAUUGGCUAUUACGUUCUUAGUUAG